AUGCCAGUCCCCAGGCCCUCUACCGAUCCUACCGACGACGAUAGCGCCGAGAUUGACUAUUUCCCACUGAACGCGGUCGAGAAGCUUGAACGCUACCGAACUGGCGGCUACCACCCGCUGGAAAUCGGGGACACCUUGGGUAAACAUUAUCGCGUCAUACACAAGCUGGGAUUUGGAACGUAUUCGACAACCUGGCUGGCGGCUGACAAAGCCUCCGGAAAGUACGUCGCUAUCAAAGUCGGUGCUGGAUACUCGAACCCACUCGAAAUGGAUGUGAUAAGAUGUCUUCAAAUGUCCCCGAACUUUGACGCAGACACGAUGAGGUCUGUGAUUCCUCCAGUCUUGGACGCGUUCGAGACCCGCGGACCUAAUGGCAAGCACCCUUGCUAUGUUACUACUGCGGCUGGUCUGUUUCGCAUUAACGUUGCUCGAGCGAUGGCGGCUCAACUUGUUACUGCUGUGGCGCAUGUUCACGAGAAAGGCUAUGUUCACGGGGACGUGAACUUGUCGAACGUGCUUCUUCACCUGCCAUUUGACAUUAAUGAGCUUUCGAUCGAGGCUAUCUACGAGAAAUACGGAGCACCGGUGUGCACACCGGUCGUACGCGUGGAUGGCCAGCAACUCACUUCUGCUGUACCCCGCGACUGCGUCCAACCAGUCUGGUUGGGGAAGACUAGCGAUGAGAUAGCACUUCUCGAGGCCAAAAUAGUGCUCAUCGACUUUGGAGAAUCUUACAUUCCUUCACUUCAAGCACGGCACGAGUCAAAUGCCCCAUCCGCCUACCAACCCCCGGAAGCUCUUUGGGACACCCGAACACCAAUGACAUUUGCUUCGGAUAUCUGGACACUCGCGUGCUCAUUGUGGGAUCUGGUUGCGUGGUUCCCAUUGUUCAAAAGCUACUUCUCAGCGCAGGACAAUAUCACCGCUGAGCAGGUUGCCACACUAGGAAGACUACCUGUAGGAUGGUGGUCCACUUGGGGGAGAAAGUUUGAUGCUCAACGUAAACGAUUCACCCUGGAAGGGAGGCCGAUGCAAGCGGUGCGGUACCCGGACAUGGAAACACGGUUUGAGCAUGCAGUACAACAGCCCCGAAGAGAUAGGGAUAUGGAGGCAAUGGGAGAUGAGGAGAAAGAGGCCUUUCUCUCCAUGCUUCGAUCGAUGUUGGUGUUCCGCCCUGAAGGACGGGUCACUGCAAGACAGGUGCUGAAAUCGGAGUGGAUGGUCCGGUGGGCUAUUCCUGAAUAUGAGAAGGUUCGGAGCGACUCGGUUCGGGGGGAUUCUGCAACUCAUACAGCCCCGAAAAGGGUGUGA